ACUGCGGAUGAAAGACAAACAUCAGCAGCUGUCCAGUCAGUCGCGUUCACAUGGGGUUUGUGUUUGGGGCGUCAGUCUGUAUAUCAUAUCGCAGGGAUGUCCGCGCAAGGCUUGCUAAACAGCGUCUUCUCAUGUUCCUCAUCGGGCUCUAAAACCCUCGCAAAGAGGAACCUGCACCAGACUCGCAGUUUGGAUUCUGCGCUGAUCAGACACUGCGCGACGCCUGGAGACGCCAGCGGUCAUCGGUCAUUCUGCUGGAGCUCGAGCUCCACAGCUGGAUUUACUAACAGCCAAAGCGCCUCAGAAAGCCUCGCUGCCGACCCCAGACUCAAACCGCGUCUUUCUACGUCGAGUUUGUCCGCAUCUUCAGACGCUUCGUCGAUCUCCAGUCUUCAUUUGGACUACAGAAGCGGCAAACGCAACGCGUCCAGGGAUUUAUCUCUACACCUCUCUGCUUCAAGCAACAUCUUCUCACCGAGAAAGUGGCUGCAAAGGAAGUUGCCUCAGUCGGAUGCUGUUUCGCACAAUAUCUGUAAAUCUGAGGGAGAUUUCACCUGUAAGAAAACGGCCGGUCAUAAUUUCCACAUGCAGUCGGUUUCCAUUCAGGGUCUGUCGGAGCUGGAGAGAGUCCGGCUGCAGGAAGUCGCUCUGGUCAGACUGAUGAAAGACUUCGAUUUGGGAUGCCAGAUCACCAUCCCCAAAGAUGGUCAGAAGCGGAAAAAGUCACUCAGGAGAAAGUUGGAUUCUUUAUCGAAGGAAAAGAGAGACAAAGAGUCGGAUUCUCAGGCGUUCGGCGUGCCGCUCUCGCAGGUGAUUGUGAACGACCGGCGUCACAAGCAGCUGCAGGAGGAGCAGGAGGAGCAGCGGAGUCCAUCAGACCGAGUCUCUUCACUCCUGCACCUGAUGGGCCGCAGAUCCACCAACAAGGAGCUUUCCAGCAGUAACUCGUCCCUCAGCUCGUCCUCCGAGACACCCAAUGAAGGCACGACCCCCAGCACACCGGAAACGGCGCUGCGCUCGCGCAGACGGGGCGGUGUGUCUGUGGACUGCAUCACUGAUCUGGACGACAGUCACUCUCGUCUGCUGGAGGCUCUUCAGCUCUCCAUGCCUGUGGAGUCACACAGCGAGAAGAAGAAGAAGACGAGCGACGCCAAGCUCAGCCUGAAUCCCAUCUACAGACAGGUGCCGCGUGUGCUGGACAGCUGCUGCCAACACCUGCAGAAGUAUGGUCUGCAGACGGUGGGCAUUUUCCGGGUCGGAAGCUCGAAGAAAAGAGUUCGACAGCUGCGUGAAGCGUUCGAUCAGGGUGCCGAUGUUGUUCUGGACCAGCGGCACAGUGUUCAUGAUGUGGCGGCGCUGCUCAAAGAGUUUCUGAGAGACAUGCCUGAUCCUCUGCUGACCAGAGAACUGUACUCCGCGUUUAUCAGCUGCGCGUCUCUAGACAAGGCGGAUCAGUACACAGUCAUACAGUUACUCAUCUGUCUGCUUCCCGCCUGCAACAGCGACACCCUUCAGUGUUUACUUCACUUCCUGUCAGACGUAGCCAAUCACGCGGAGGAUUCGCGGGACGCUGAUGGAAACGAGGUGAUUGGUAAUAAGAUGACGUCUCUGAACCUGGCCACUAUAUUCGGGCCGAACCUGCUGCACAAGCAGAAGAGCUCAGAGAAGGAGUUCAGCGUGGAGAGCUCGGCGCGGAUGGAGGACAGCGCCGCUAUCAUCAGCGUGGUGCAGCACAUGAUCGACACGCACCAGUCCCUGUUCACGAUCUCAGCGGAGCUGCAGAACGAGCUUCUGUUGAGUUUGCUGGACACAGACAGUGAUGUGGUGCAUUAUCUGCUGAGGAGGAAAACACCACAGUGUGAAGACGUGAAGAGCUCCAGUGGAGAAAUCUCUCCGUACGAUAACAACUCUCCGGUGCUCUCCGAGUGGUUUCAUCCAUCAGGACCGGAGCAUCAGAGUCCCACAAACCUCCAGCAUGCUCUCGAGAGGAACAACACAGUGAACUUCUGCCUCUCACCCUCACAAGCCGGCGCCGGGGAAACCAUACAUGAUAAGGCUCGUAUCUGGCGAACACGACACGCUCUUCUGUCAGGACUUCAUGACAAACUCCUCACAGGUUCGGAUGGACACCUGUAUAAACGCGCCUCCUCUGAUGUUUUCUACGAUGACGAUAACGACAUGAAACCUGUGCAUGAGAUGCAAACGUCCUAUACGAACGUCACCGCUGAAUGUAGAGCGCGCCUGCAGGUCACAAGUGCAGGCGGCAGUCCUCUGAGCUCCCCGCGCCAUCAAAUGCAUCCUAUUGCAUUGAGCCGAACUGCAUUUCACCAAUCAGAGGAGGCGAUGGCAUCUCCUGCCAAACCAGACGACAUACUUCCUGCCGUGUCCAUGCAGCCGCGUGUCACUUCCUGUCAGGGUGCGGCGUCACACGUGCCAUCGAAGAGCUUCGGACCGGAGCAGCAUCCAGACUGGCCCACAGAGAAGUGGCAAAUAUGGCAACUCCUGUCAUCAGACAGCAUAGACACACUUCCGGAGACUAUGGUGUGAAACACGCAGCUUAAAGGGACAGUUCACCCAAAAAUGAACUUACUGUCAUCAAAAGAAGAUAUUUGAA